AUGGGUGCAUGGGUGCAUGGAUGCAUGGGUGCAUGGGUGCAUGGGUGCAUGGGUGCAUGGGUGCAUGGGUGCAUGGGUGCAUGGGUGCAUGGAUGCAUGGGUGCAUGGGUGCAUGGGUGCAUGUGUGCGUGGGUGCAUGGAUGCAUGGGUGCAUGGGUGCAUGGGUGCAUGUGUGCAUGGGUGCAUGGGUGCAUGGGUGCAUGGGUGCAUGGGUGCAUGGGUGCAUGGGUGCAUGGGUGCAUGGAUGCAUGGGUGCAUGGGUGCAUGGGUGCAUGUGUGCGUGGGUGCAUGGAUGCAUGGGUGCAUGUGUGCAUGGGUGCAUGGGUGCGUGGGUGCAUGGGUGCGUGGGUGCAUGUGUGCGUGGGUGCAUGGGUGCGUGGGUGCAUGUGUGCGUGGGUGCAUGGGUGCGUGGGUGCAUGUGUGCGUGGGUGCAUGGGUGCGUGGGUGCAUGUGUGCGUGGGUGCAUGGGUGCGUGGGUGCAUGGGUGCGUGGGUGCAUGUGUGCGUGGGUGCAUGUGUGCGUGGGUGCAUGUGUGCGUGGGUGCAUGUGUGCGUGGGUGCAUGUGUGCGUGGAUGCAUGUGUGCGUGGGUGCAUGUGUGCGUGGAUGCAUGUGUGCGUGGGUGCAUUGAGGGGAAGGGGAGGGAUGGCCCUUGUGGGGGAAAGGGGGGUAAGGGAGGUUCAAGACUCUCGCUCCGCCACACUGUAGACUACUUUCGAGAGCACUGGGUUCCGCCCGCCCCUCCUGUGCGUUGGUUAGAGUUGAGAAAGGGGUGCCAUGGGGAAGGGAAUAGGAGGAGGAUUGGGGGGGGAUUGGGAGGAGGGCGGCCGAUCAGGCUCUCGGUGGACUACUUUCGAGAGCACUGGGUUCCGCCCCCCCCUCCUGUCAACGCCGAGCCGUCCACGUCAGCGCCAGGCUGGAACGUCGGUUUCUUAGGUGGCAACAGCAAGAAGCCAGCAGGGCAAGCCAGAGGCGGGGCAGCGGCAGGCGAAGCAGCAGCAGGUGGGGGAGCAGAUGGAGCAGCAAGAGGAGCGGAAUCAAAAGCAACAAGAGCAGGGGGAGGAGCAGGGGCGGUUGGGGAAUCAGGGGGGGCUGCAGAGCUGAUUGGCAGACUGGCAGCAGCAGCGGAUGUUGGGGGGGAGGGGGAUGGGGACGAGAUUGGGGGUGUGGGGGCGGGGAGGGGAGGCAUGGAGGCAGCGGCUGCAGCAGAGAAGGAAAGGGUGAGUAGGGAGAGGGAGGAAAGGAGUGAGCGAUGGGGAUGGGAGAGGGGCAACGAGCAUUUCAAGGCUGGUCGCUUUGAGGAAGCCCUCUCGUGCUACUCUCAGAGCAUCGCCCUCCAUCCCACCGCUGUGGCCUUCGCCAACCGAGCCAUGGCUGCUCUCAAGCUGGGCAGCAUCGCCCUGCAUCCCACCGCUGUGGCCUUCGCCAACCGAGCCAUGGCAGCACUGAAGCUGGGCAGGUACGAGGAGGCCGAAGCGGAUUGCACAGAAGCGUUGGAUCGGGACGAUGAGUAUGUGAAGGCGCUCGCUAGGAGGGCCACAGCUAGACUCAAGCUCAGUCGGCCCAUUGACGCUCUGCAAGACAUCAUCCAAGGCCUAUCUCUUGAUCCCGGCAACAAGGAUUUGCUGAAGCAACAAGUACAGGCAAACGCGCUCCUGCAGAAGCAAGCCAAGGAGGGCGUGGGUGUGAUUGCAAAGGCGCUCAAGGGAGGCACGGCAAGCGGCCAGGUUGUGGUGCCAGGGGUGUCAGGGAUUGCAGGAGGAGCAGGAGCAUCAGGAGCCGCUGUGACUAUAUCAGAGCUUACUACAGAUGUUGCAGGAGGCAGAUCGGUUCAGGAGAUUAAGGAGGUUAAGGGGGUUCAGGAUGCUAAGGAUGUUAAGCGGGUUCAGGAGAUUAAGGGGGUAAAGGAGACUAAGGAGGUUAAGGGGGUUGAGGAGAUUAAGGGGGUAAAGGAGAUUAAGGGGAUAAAGGAGGUGAAGGAGGAGAAGGCGUUUACAGAGGUUGAGAGGGGUACAGACAGUUCAGAAGCCACAGAAGUUGGUGGGGUAAUAGGGGACAGAAGGGUAACAAGGGCUGCAGAGGCGGAGGGAGGUGCUGGGGAGGGUGAAGGGGGAGGUGGGGGGGGAGGUGCAGGGAGUGUAACGAUCAGUGAUGUUACAGAAGGGGAUACACAAGGAGUGGGACCUGGAGGAGGCGGUAGGAACACAGCCAGAGGGAGCGGAGGAGCCGGUGCUGAUCCGCAAGGCGUAGAUGCCACAUCAGCACACGCCGUGGCAGUGGCAGUCCAGCAGAGUUCCGUGUUGACUCAAAAGUCAUCUCCGAGCAUUGAGCUCACAUCAACACUGGGUGGGGCAGCAGUAGCACACACCUAUGAGUCGACUCACACGUCACUGCAGGGCGUUGAGCUCACAACGGCUCAUGAGGUGGCCAUUGCUCGGGCAGCAGAAAUUUUGCGAGAAAAGGCAGCUGCGGCAGAGAUAAUGGGAGUGGGGCGGCAUGAGGAGAUGAGACCGGAGCAGGGGCUAGGGCAGCAGCAGGAGCAGCAGCCAGCAGUGGCAACGGUGGCAGCAACAAUAUCACCACCAACAGCAGCAGCAGCAGCAGCAGCAGCAGCAGCAGCAGCAGCAGCAGCAGCUCCAGUGGCCCCUCCCCAGUCAGCAUUGGAGUUUGAGGUGCGGUGGCGGCGACUGCAGGGGUGUGACGACGCACAGGCUGCCUUGAUCAAGUCCCUCCCGCCUGCCCGCCUCUCAACCAUCUUCAAGGACUCGCUCUCUCCGCCGCUCCUCGCUGCAGUGCUCUCCAUCAUCCUUUCAACUCUCUUCAGCACGGAUGCCCCAGCAGCAGUGGCUCUGCUCUCUGCCUUCCCUUCUGUGCCGCGCUUCCCCAUCCUCCUCGUGUGCAUGCCUCCCGCUGACAAGCAACGUCUGUCCAAGCUGUGGGGCGAAGCUCUUGCUGCGUCCACCCCCGCCGCUGCCACUCAUACCACCGUGCAGCAGCUGCGCUCAGUGUACAAGCUCUAG